AGCAUCGUUAAAGAUUUUACUAAAAGAUGUAAAGAAAUUGUGCAAGCAGCUAUGACGUGGGCUCCCCAAGCAACUAAAUCACAUUUACAAGAAUAUAUAAGACAGUUUCAAUCUUCAGGUAAAGAACACCAUUCGGGUUUAUCUCUUGCAACAGAUUCAGUUCUUGAAUUGGUUGACUUAUCUGGACCAGGUCUCGGUCUUGGACUCUCUACAACUAACUCAUUGGAUAAACAAUCUCGAGCGAAGGGUGCUAGUUCCUGGCUAUUUUCAAUGAUGACAACUCGUUCUUGGUAUGCAGGUGAAGUUGCUGGAAUGUUAAAUCUUGUACGCGGCGAAACACUGCGCAAGGAACAGCAUUCUAGUGAUAAAGAAAGUAUUAAUAUGGUCGUAAAUCGAUUAGUUGAUGAACUCUGGCGAGCAUGUCGUAAUCGAGACGAGAAUGAGCAUCACUGUGCAUUAUGGCGAGCUACAGCUCUUCUUAUAUCAAUACCAGGUAUAUUUGAUAUUUUGUUAUUUUUUUAA